CUUGUGGCCACACAGUCUUCUUCUGCAAAUAUUUGUACGAGCCAUUAGCUUGAGGUGAGGAGUUGAAGCGGGAAUAUGGCAGUACCCAUAUUCAGGACUUCGGUACCUCAGUCUCGUCCAGCUAUCCAUUCCUUUGGUCCUCCUCUGCCAUGCUUACAUGAAACUUCAAAGAAGAACAGCUUGCUCUUUUGUCUUCCUUCGGAACUUAAUCCAGUUCGGCCUGCAUUGUCCUUUUGUGUUGGUACUCACCUUAUUCCACACCCCAGGAAGGUCGACCGAGGUGGGGAAGAUGCUUUCUUUGUGAGUAGCCACAAAGGAGGAGCUCUUGCUGUUGCUGAUGGUGUCUCUGGUUGGGCGGAAAAGAAUGUGGAUCCAUCGUUGUUUCCACAGGAACUGAUGGCUAAUUUUUACUAUUUAGUGGAGGAUGAAGAGGUUAAUAGUGACCCGCAAAUUCUCAUUAGGAAAGCACAUGCUGCUACCUCCUCUAUAGGUUCUGCAACAGUAAUUGCCGCCAUAUUGGAGCGGAAUGGGAUUUUGAAGAUUGCCAAUGUUGGGGAUUGUGGGCUACGGGUUAUCCGUGAAGGUCGGGUAGUUUUUUCUUCCAUUCCACAAGAACAUUAUUUCGACUGUCCCUAUCAACUGAGCUCAGAGGCCAUUAGUCAAACAUACCUUGAUGCCAAGGUUAGCAGCAUGGAGUUGAUAGAAGGAGACACCAUAAUAAUGGGUUCUGAUGGGCUUUUCGAUAAUGUCUUUGAUCAUGAAUUGAUUUCAACAUUGGCCAGAUGCAAAGAUGUCGUUGAGGCUGCAAAGGCAUUAGCUAAUCUGGCAAGCACUCAUGCAAAGGACUCUGACUUUGAUUCUCCAUACGCAUUGGAGGCCAGAUCCAGGGGCUUUGAUAUUCCCUGGUGGAAGAAAAUUCUUGGGAGGAAACUUACAGGUGGAAAGCUUGAUGACAUUACUGUCAUUGUUGGGCAAGUCGUCAGCUCUUGAAACUUUAAAAGUUGAAAAAUGGCGUAUGGAGAUAAGUGACAAGUAACACGAGUACUUAAAUAUAUUCUACAGAAUUACUUCUGGCCACUUCGCCAAAAGCUGUGAUAUCUUAGUACAAUUCAAUUCGUUUUCUCGAACUAUUCUAUAAACUUCUAAAGGUGCUGUAAAGAAUUACACUAUACAUUACCCUAGCGACCAUCCUUUUGUAAACUAUCUUCAGCUUUGUAGUCACAUUAUCAUACGUACAUACAUUGUAUUUCCAUA